AUGGAAAAUGGAGGCAUAGAUAUCCUUGCUCUUAAGCAAAUGUUUGAAGAUUGCAGUCAUAAAGAAGAAGAAGAGCACCAAGAAUAUUUUGAGCAAGUCAUUGAAGAAAAAGAGAAAGAAACUUUCUGGGAUGACGAUGAAAUUACUCCAGUUGGUUUCUACAAAGAUUUAUCAGAUGACAGGCCAGAACCAAAAUACCACAUACAUUACAAACAAUGCAUCGGAACAGGCGAUGUCUAUCUUGGUCUUAAUAUGAACGACCCAUCUAAUGCAAACGUCGAUGCUGUCGUUAUAAAAGUUGCACUAAAUGGUACCCAGCCAGAUGAUAUAGAUCUUAACGUUAUGAAUGGCUUUCUUGAUCUUCGCUGUCCAAAAUAUCAUCUUACACUCAAACUUGAUAAAGUUCCAGAUGACAAAAAAGAAGUUUCCGCGAAAUGGAAACAAGAAACAGAAGAACUUACAAUCGAAGUUCCUGUUAAGAGAGAAGAAAUUAAAAUUGUUUAA